CUUUCCUUCCCGCCUCCACGACAGACGAUGUCGUGCCCCAAUUGCUUCACCGGCGAGGCCUUGGAGGGCACGCCGACCGGAACGAUCUCCGACAUUGACAACGCAGCGUACUUCUCCCCGGGCCCGGGCCCGCAAGGUGCCUCCGCCAAACGGGCACUGGCAAUCAUCCUGCUGACGGACAUAUUUGGGCUCCCGCUGAACAACGCGCGCAUCAUCGCGGAUAACUUUGCCAAAUCGCUCGAAUGCGAUGUCUACGUGCCCGACCUCUUUGCGGGCCGCCCGCCCGUGACGCCAGAGCAGAUGUCCGCCAUCCCGCAGAGGGCGGGGCUCAAAAUCGGCUUCUUGGGCUACGUCAAACUCUUUUUCAAGGUGUUGCCGAGCCUUUUCGCGCUCAUCCGCAACCGUCCACCCCAGGGCGCUGCACGGGCACUUACGUUCAUCAACAAGCUGCAGGAAUCGAAGAAGUACGAGAAACUGGGGGCUAUUGGUUACUGCUUCGGUGGCGGCGUGUCCCUCAUUCUCGGCUCGCAACACCCCGCGCUCUUCAGCAGCAUCGUCAUCGCCCACCCGUCCCCGCCCAAAGACGCGCAAAUUCUCGGUAUAACGGCGCCCACUGCCUGGAUCGCGGCGGAAGACGAUUUCGCCAUCUCGAAAGCGCGGCUGGACCAGAUCGAGGCGCUGUACAAGGCGCGGGAGGGGAAGGACACGUAUGUGGAGUAUGAAAUCAAGGUGUACCCUGGGACUGCGCAUGGAUUUGGCGCGCGGCCCGCGCUGCAGUACCCCGAGGUCAAGGAGGCGUUCGAGAAGGCGUUCCAGCAGGCGGUGGAUUGGUUCAACAGGACUAUUCCGGUGUAG